AUGGCUUAUGAAGCUCUUGAUAACCUGCAACAAACCUUGCAUCAAAUCCUAGAGCGCCGUGAUAAUCUCCUCACUCAUUCUAAAGAAUCAGCAAGUAAGACACAUGAGAUUAUUGAAUAUCUCUUCUGUGAAGAAAAUAUUUCAUAUCGUGGACCCGUAAAGCCGGAGGUCAGACUUGCAAACAGGCUGAGGGAAUUAGCAGCACGGCUGGAGUCAGUCGUCGGAGAUGUGGUGGAUUGCAUCAAGGGUAAGGGCUCAGUCAGCAGUCUGGAGUCAACCGUUGGAGACGUGGCGGAUUACAUCAAGGCUAAGAAGAGCUCAAUCAGCAGCAUAACUGAUUAUGCAGAUGUUAGUUCAUCAUCAAGAUCAGCAAUCACAAGCAGCAAAGAUGACGGCGUGGUUGGUUUUGAAGAAGAUGUGGAAGUGAUCAAGGAUUGGCUUCUGGAGGGAUCAUCCAAACUACAGGUCCUACCAAUUGUUGGAAGAGGAGACAUUGGUAAGACCACGCUUGUUAAAAUUGUUUACGAUGAUGCAUCCGUUAUGAAACAUUUUCACAUCUGCGCUUGGGUCACAAUAUCACAAGAUCAUAGUGUAGAACGUAUUGUUCUAAAUUUGCUAGCUUCCAUGAAAGGAAUUUCAGGAUUAAGAGCAAUAUAUAGAGAUGUUGAAAGCGAAAUUCCUACGGAGUCCUUAAUUCGCAAAUACUUAGAGUACAAGUAUAUCAGAUAUCUUAUUGUAAUGGACGACAUAUGGAGUAAGAAAGCUUGGGAUGAUGUAAAGAUGUUGUUUCCUGAUGCCGGUAAUGGCAGUCGGAUCAUAGUCACCACAAGGCUGCAGGAUGUGGCUGCUUAUGUCAACUCCUCUAGCUUCAUUCGUACUAUGAGUCUGUUGGAUGCGCCUCAUAGUUGGAAUUUGCUAAAGCAGAAGGUGUUCGGAGAUAAAGACAUUCCUAUUGAAUUAGAAGGCAUUGGGUUCAAAAUUGCUAAAAAUUGUGGAGGGUUGCCCCUUUCAAUCGUGGUGGCGGCAGGACUUCUAUCUAAGAUUAAGAUUCAUACUCGAGACUCAUGGAAGCAAAUUGCUGCAAACAACACGCAGCUUGAUACAAUAAUUUGUUCGAGUUAUACCCAUUUACCCAAUCAUUCCGAGAAAUGUUUCUUAUAUAUGGCUGGCUUUCCAGAAGAUUAUGAGAUUCGUGCCUCAGAACUUAUUAACCUUUGGAUAGUUGAAGGUUUUUUAAAACAUUUAGAUGAAUCUAAAAGCUUGGAAGAGGAAGGGGAGGAUUGUUUGGAGGAUCUUGUUGACAAAAGUCUAGUUUUGGUCACUAACAGGAAGUCUGAUGGGAAAUUAAAGAGUUGCAGCCUUCAUGAUAUUGUGCGGGAAUUUUGUGUAAGGCAGGCUGCGAAAGAGAAGGUGAUUCUUCCUGUUAUGGAUUACUUACCUACUCCCAUCCUGCGAAGGCAUUUUGUUCCACGUCUCAUAAAAGAUCAUCACAGCAUAAGUUUUAGUUUCUACGAUCUACAUCUAAAAAACUAUGUGCAUAGCUCACACAUCCGCACCAUAGUAUGUAUUCCAAAGAAAGGGUACAAAUCCAUAGGCGUUGUAGAGAAGUUUAGUUCGCUGAGGGUCCUUCAUGUUUUACGUAGAAACGAUCAUUGGGAUUGGGAGCCAGGUCAAGUGUUCGAUCUGGUUCAUUUAACUUACCUUGCUUCCAACAUUCCCAGUAGUAUUGUUCCUUCAGCCAUAUCAAAACUUCAGAAUCUUCAGACUUUAAUUAUUUAUAGAUCUGAGGUUCUUUUGCCCAUAGAGAUUUGGGGGUUGCAGCAGUUAAAACAUCUUAUUGCCUUCUCAUUUCAACCCUUACCCAACCCUGAAGGGGAAAAAAGUCCCCUUGAGAACCUGCAGGCACUUUCGCUGGCAAUGGACUUGGUGUGGAGUAAAAGAAUGGUGGAAAUGAUUCCAAACAUUAAAAAGCUGGGAAUAUGCUACUCCAAGGUGAAGUUUGACGUGGAUGCGAGCUAUUGCCUUGACAAUCUUAAACAACUAUGUCGACUUGAGAAAUUGAAAUUGGAGAAGCAACAUGAAGAUUUUUCAUCUACACAACAUGAUGAACUUGGAUGGAUUUCAUUUAGACAAGCUAAUAAGAGACUUGGAGGUCUAAACUUUCCUCUGCAAUUGAGAAGGUUAACCUUGAGUGGUUGGAAGCUUCCUUGGAGUGAUAUGACCAUCAUUGGUUCAUUACCACAUCUUCAAGUGCUGAAGCUAAGAAACUAUGCUUGCCAUGACAGCUACUGGAAAACAUCUAAGGGACAAUUUCGUGAACUGAGAUAUCUGCUAAUCGACAGGUCAUAUUUGGUUGAUUGGACGACUGAAGCUAGCCACUUCCCGAGACUCGAGUGCUUAAUGCUUCGUCAGUGUCGCAGUCUACGUGGAAUUCCAACUAAUGUUGGACACAUUCUAACACUUAAACUGAUUGAGGUUGAGGUUGACGGUAAGUCGUCCGAAUAUCUUUUGAGAACGGCAAAAUGGAUGGAAGAGGACCGGCAGAAGUUUGGAUAUGAAAGCUUUCAAGUUCGUGAGAAGUGUUCCUGAUAAGAUGCUCUCCUGACAAUAUAGAUACUCCUUUUCAGGUUAGAGAUUUGUAAAAUUUGAAUAAUUUGGGUGCCUUUAUUUCGAAACUAGAAAUGUUUGUUUGAGCAAAUUCAUGACUCUUCUCCUUCUUUUCCAAUAUGCUUUGUUGUAUUUCCGACAGCUGAAUGUGGAUAUAGAAAUAGUCAAAGCUGUAUCAACGAAUUAGAGAUAAAAGGGAAGAUAGUUACCGAUUUAGAUAUAUUUCUGAAGAGUUUAAAAUUAUUUAAGUCCACUAUCUUAGGGAGAUGUGCAAAAAUAGGUCAAUAUUUUUCAAACUUGCAAGAAUAGGCCAAUAUUUUUCGAAUUUGCAAAAAUAGGCCAAGUAUUUUAAUUGUUGGUGUUCUUAUACCACAUUUGGGCCCAAUUCGGCCUUUAUAGGCCAUAUUUUUGGGUCAAGUGACCCAAAAUAGCCUGUUUGGGUUUAAAUGUGGUUCACGGAUGCCAACAUUUAAAAUAAUUGGCCUAUUUAUGUAAUAUCGAAAAAUAUUGAUCUAUUUUUGCAAAUUGCUUUAAAAUAGUGGCCUUAAAUAAUUUUAUACUCUAUUUCUGAAAGUAGUAUUUGUUUGUGUGUAAAUGAUCAUAUCACCUAUUCAUUAAAUUCAUAUCUAAAAUAGACCGUUCAAAUAAAUCCUAUGUCUGGAAAACUUGGUUUUAAGGUCAAGAAAAGAGUCAGUUUCAAGUUCCAGCCAAGUUAAGUAUAUUGUUUUAUUUCGUUGCCCAUUAGUUUGCUCAUGUUGCUGUCCCUUGGUAUAUUUCAUCUGUGACUGUAAUUGCAUUAGCUAGAAAGUUUCAGAAACAUAAUCAGGAAUGCACAGGAGCUCAGCCUCUGCUCUCUCUCUCUCUCUCCUCUGUUUCUCUCUGAUUUAAUUGUGGAAACUAGAUUCAUUCUUUCCAUGUGAUGCUCUCAGAGAUGGUUAGCUGACUAAUUAGGUGGUUGUUGCAUGUAACUGUUCAACUCAGUAGAUGAUAAGUCUUCUAGAAGUCUUUUGAGAUCAGCAAAAUGGAUAGAAAACAAACAACAGGUUUCUGGAAAUGAUAGCUUUCAAGUUCGUGUGAAGCGUUCCUGAUAAUUAAGCUGCUCUGCUGACAAUAUAUAUAUACCAUGUCUGCUCCUUUUUCAGAGGCAGGUCAAAGCUGUAUCAACGAAUUAGAGAUAAAAAGGAAGAGAGCUACCGAUUUACAAAUCUUCAUCGUGAAAUUGAGAAGAGAGCAGCUGGAGAUUCGCCCUGAGGAAAGCAGCCCAAAACUUUGAUCCUCGUCAAAGUCUACAAAACAAGCCCGGAGGAGUUAUCCAGAGAUGGGAGACCACUGAAGGAGAGGGGAGCACUAGUGUCGCCGGAGAAGGAAGCUGUGUCUCUCAAUCUCUCUAUGCGUAAGAAAAGAGAGAGAGAGAGAGAGAAAUGAUAGGGUUGGGCUCUCUUUUUCAUUCUUAGACUUGGGCCUUUUCUUUUAUGGUUUUUAUUGGGCUUUAGCCCACUAAGGCAAGGCUGCUAUUUUACUCCUCGUCCAUUGUGAUAGUGAAAAAUUGUAAAGAGGUGUUUGAUUUGAAUGAUAAUAUACGAUUGAUAAAAUAAUUGAAUUAUUGGCUGUAUGUUUC